AUGGGCCAGAUUUUCGGCGCGCGCACGGCAAAAGAGCAUGCAGCACACCUCGUGCCCUACGUCCAAAGCCACCACCACAUCCUCGAUGUGGGCUGUGGAUUGGGCAGCAUCACCGCAGACUUGGCCAACUUGGUGCCGCAGGGAGAAGUGAUUGGUUUGGAUCCCAACCCCAAGACUACCGAGGCGGCGAAAGAGGCGGCGGCGGCCAAAGGAAUUGCCAACAUUACGUUCGUCGACGGCGACGCUCACGACCUGGCUCGCUACGAGUCCGCGUCGUUUGACAUAGUCCAUGCCCACCAGGUCGUACAAUACUUCCACACGCCCGUCAAGGCGUUGACCGAGAUGCGGCGAGUGCUGAAGCCCGGCGGCAUUCUCGCCUUACGCACCAGCAACCAUCUCACCCUCUGGCCCACCGACCCUACACUCGAAAAAGAGCAGGCAUGGUUUGCGGAGUUCGUCAAGGCUCGCGGGGGCAAUGUCGGCGCCGGCUGGUACCUCCACACCCUAGUCAACCAGGCGGACUUUGCGUGGAAGGAGAUCCGCAUCGGAUCUGCUUGCUGGGAAUUUUCUGGGCCGGACGGCCUAGCAGCGUGGAGAGCUGGGACCGUGGGCAGCGCGAGAGCGAGUCUGAUGGGCGCUGGCUACGGCACGGCUGAGGAGCACGACGAGAUUGCGAGGGCGCACGUGCGGAUGUGCGAGAGGGGCGAUGCGAGGGUGAUCGGAUUGGACACUACCAUUCUCGCACGUAAGUAG